AUGAAUCGUCCGCGUUGUCAAUACAGUGAUGCUGAAUUUAGAGCAAGUUUUCCAUUUCGGAAACAUGACCUGAAAUGGUAUUUCCCUCGAAACACACCUGCGGCCCAAAAAGAUGCAGAAAUGGCUUUUCAGAUGUGGCAAAAUGUUUCAAACUUAACAUUUACAAUGGUUACCAAUCCCACUCUAUAUCCUCCUGAUAUUACUAUAACCAUGGUUAGCAAGACUCAUUAUUUUAGCGCAAACUGUAUGGGUAAUGAUGAAUGUCCAUUGACAUUAGAUGAUGCUGGCGGCGUUUUAGGACAUGCAUACUUUCCUGACUCUAGCGGCACCUGUAGAGAAAUCCAUUUAGAUAUAAAUGAAUGCUGGUAUUUUGGAAAUAAUCCUAAUAUACCCAAAAAUCAAACUAGUUUUCUUAUGGUGUUGGUUCAUGAAAUUGGACAUGCCCUCGGCAUAGCACAUAGUGCUUCUCCGAAUGCUAUUAUGUUUGCCUUCUAUCAGCAUGAGAUUCGUGGUCUAGAUGUUGAUGAUAUAAAUGCAGUACAAUAUCUAUAUGGAAGAAAAAACAAAUAUGAUUCAAUCCCAAAGUCUACCACCGCAUCAGCAAUACCAAAAACAACAACAACUAUAAGAUCUACAACUCGUAAGCAGCCGAUCCUCAAAAAUUUCGGCAUAGAAGUCUCCACUGGAAGAUUAGAAACACCAUCAAUCAAUCGUGGGACUGCAUCUAGUACGCAUCGCGGUGGAUUAAAGGAUAGCAAAAUGAAACGGCAGCAGAAUAACACCGAAGUGGCACUCAAGAAGGAAUUAGUAUAUACAGCAAAGUCAGUUAGGAAGAAAUUUAUUGCUAUCAAGAAAGGACGUGAAUUUCAUGAUAGUGCAUUGCAGCAGGUAUAUGAGCCCAUUACUAAGCAGCUCAAAACAAUAGCGGUAGCAUCUACAUUCAGCUUGUCGAAACAGUCAACACCCCAAAUCGAUAGUCCAAGCAUCCUAAAAAAAGUAUCAUUUGAUGAAUCAAGAAAGAAAUUAUUUGAUGCGACAAAAUCAGCUGUAAGAAGAACUGAGUUGCUUAAGAACAGUAGUGAAUUCAAUGACCAUACAUUUGAGCAGAUCUUUCCACCGACUACAAGUACACCUAGACUACAAUCAUCUAUGGAAUCAAAUAAUUCAGGAAACGUAUCAUCUGAUGACUUGACUCAUACUAAACUUUCUACUAUUGCUCCGAUGCAAACGCAAUCUGACACACAUUCAUCAUUCGGAGCGGACGAAGAAAAUUUAAUGAGUAGAUACAUGUCUACUUCAAAUCAUAGUGAAGCAUCCGGAUCUUUGACCAACUUAGUUAAUAACCAUAUAUCUAAUUUAAAAGCGAACAAUCCAGGGUAUGGAGGCAUACACAAUGUGAGAAUAAAUCCACAGUCGGACAAGUUAUUAUUAGGCAAACUCCAAGUGAGCUUUGAUGUUGGUGGACGUUGCCUGCUAUUGGAUUCUGAGAAGAAAAAGGAGAGAAUAAAAUUUGGACGUCACGGCUCAAAAUAUCAUACCGUACGCGGUAUAUCUGAUUUUGGCUUCAAACUAACUACUAAUGGUGACUAUGAUAUUGGAAAAAAACUGAUAAAGAAUGUUGGUGAUCUUGUGGACAAGAACGAUGCUGUGACUGUAAAGUAUAUUGAAGAAACCGUGAAUAAAUUUGUAACCGAAAUGGGUAAAUUGAUGCGACUAGCAGUUUCCGAUGUAUUAAGUGAUUCAGUGACAUACUGCAACGAUAAGGUGCUGGAAAAUUACGUCUAUUCAGACACCUGGUUCUACGUAUCCUUAUUGGUUAGCAUGCAUACAAGAGGUUAG